UUUGUCGGUCGGUAAACUGGCUCCACGGGCUCCAACCAAAUAAAUACUUUACGCGGACCGUUGUGGCGUCGUCGAUUCUACGGUCAUCGGAUUAUGCGUUCUGCGUGCGUUUAAAAAUUAAAAACCAUAAAAAAAGCAGCAAACAAGAGGCCAGAGAGGAAGCCCAGAGACAAGAGACAAGAGUGGAGCAGCCGAGUAGCAGAGGAGCGAAGAGCAGGGAGCAGAAGAGCAGCAACAGCAGCAACAGCAGGAGCAUCCAUCAGCAAGUGGCAGCCCCAAACGAAGCCGUUUCAAGCAGCCCAUCAAAAUCCGUUACCGUUCCGUACGACGCGACGCGACGCUCGUGGGGAAACCAGCAACAAAGUCAGAGACAACACAAAUAUGUCGAGCGAUUCGAGUCGGCGUAUCCAGGUGCCCGAGGAGCUGAAGGAGGUCCUCUUGCAGUUCUCCAUUGCGUAUCUGGUGGAGCAGCCCCCGGAUGUGAUCGACUAUGCCGCCGACUAUUUCAAUAAGCUGCAGGCCAAUCGUCCGGCCCCGGUCAACCAGGAUCACAGUCAGGAUGAUCAGCAGAGCAUCAACUCCCAGGAUGGAGAAGAGCCACCCGUUAUGCAAAACUCACGCCGCAAAUCAGUCUUCGCCGAGGCCUACGAUCCGGAGGCGGAUGAUGAUGAUGAGGGAGCCACUGCCAUAUUCCCAAAAACAGAUGAACAGCGUUCCCGUCUGGUGGAGUCGGUGAAAAAUGUUCUCCUUUUCCGUUCGCUCGAAAAGGAACAGAUGAACCAAGUGCUGGAUGCGAUGUUCGAGAGGAAGGUUCAGCCGGGCGAUUAUAUCAUACGCCAGGGCGACGAUGGCGAUAACUUUUAUGUUAUUGAAUCGGGCAUCUACAAAGUCUAUAUUAAUGACAAGCACAUUAACACCUAUAAUCAUACUGGACUUUUCGGCGAAUUAGCGCUGCUCUACAAUAUGCCCAGAGCGGCCACCGUGCAGGCGGAAACCAAUGGUCUGCUCUGGGCCAUGGACCGUCAGACCUUCCGACGCAUUCUGCUGAAGUCCGCCUUCAAGAAGCGAAAAAUGUAUGAGGAGUUGUUGAACAACGUGCCCAUGCUCAAGGCCUUGCAGAACUAUGAACGCAUGAAUCUGGCUGAUGCUUUGAUCACAAAGAGCUUCGAAUCCGGCGAACGGAUCAUCAAGCAGGGGGACGCUGCCGAUGGCAUGUACUUCAUUGAGGAGGGGACCGUGUCCGUGCGCAUGGAUCAAGAAGAUGCCGAGGUGGAGAUAUCGCAGCUGGGCAAGGGCCAGUACUUUGGUGAACUGGCGCUGGUGACACAUCGGCCACGUGCCGCUUCCGUUUACGCCACGGGUGGCCAUGUCCGGCUUGCAUUCCUGGAUGUCAGGGCAUUCGAGCGUUUGCUGGGACCCUGCAUGGACAUCAUGAAGCGCAACAUUGAUGACUACGAGUCACAGCUGGUGAAGAUAUUUGGUAGCAAAAACAAUAUCACCGAUACACGAUAAAAAGUCUGAACCACCAAUAAAGCAAUCAAACAACCAGCCACCAUUACCAACUAUAGCUACGACUACAACAACAACAGCAACAACAACAACAACAAAAAAACCUACGAAGAACAACACUAGCAGGCUUCUUAGGAUUUUAAUUAGGAUUUCAAUUGGAAAAAAAAUAUGAGCAAUACCACUCCACAAUACACCACAGGAACAGACAAGAAACAAGCAAGAAAACCCAAUCAACAAACCACAAACAAAGCACAAAUACCAAACAAACACCCACACGCAUGGACACAAAAAUCAUUAAAUCUUAAUCGUGAAUAUUUAAUUGAUAAUUGAAAUUAAUCUAUAAUAAUAUGCUAAAGAUAAAGAUGAUGAUGAUGAUGAUGGAUACGAUGUUGAUCAUGUUGAGAUGCUUUGCAAUGUUUCAAGAUUAUGAAAUGAGAUAUCAAACAAGUUAAGAAUUGUAUUGUAUGUACGAGUAUUUAGCAAUUGUAAUUUGUAAUGUAAUUUGUAUUCAAUUGAGCGUUAAACGGGCUCGGAUUCAAGCCACCACAAGAGAGGACAGCAUUAGCAAACGAUUGGCGGCUGUUCUACCGAAGCAAUCUACUGUUAAAUCUACUUAUUUAAGUUUUGUUUAUUCAUAUCUUUUUUUUUGUUAUCCAUUGAUUUAUACAUUAUUUAGUCAUAGCGCACAUAUUCUUUCCUUGGCUGCUAACUAAUUGAUAAGCGAAAAGCAAAUAUAUAUCAACUAUAAGAGCAAAUUGAACACACACACAUCAAGCAACAAGUUUAUAUCAGCAGAUCGAAAGAGUAUAAAUGCUAAACACAUAUACAUAUGUACUGCAUAGUAUGUAUAGAGGACAAUGAAAAUCUAACUUAUUUAACUUUGAAAAAUCAAUCAAUGUAUGUACUAGUCUAUACGUCGAGCAGCUGAGUGUUUCAGACCCCGAGAGGAGCAAAAUAUAGAGCAACUGAGUAAAACUCCCAAUCAACUGAACGGAAAAAACGCAGUAAUGUUUGAUUUAUUCAUUUGCAAGCCACUACUACUACUCCUUCUAUACUACCACUAUCAUUCGCAAGCGAUCUCACUAUAACGAAUGAGGAGAGAAUGUAACUGUAAUGCAGUUCUCGGAGAGAAAACCAAAAUUAAACAGGCGUAUAAUGCUACAGGCACAAUCAAUAUGUUGCAUGGGAUCAACUUAGAAAACUUUGAGAAAAACUAGCGAAACAAAUACGAAAUUUAGCAGAGUGAGAGAUACAGAUCGAGAGAGAGAGUGAAAUGCUGUGUGCUUCAAAUUUCGUUUCCAGUAUGUUCGGGCUGUAGAGAGUGUAGAGAGCGAAAACAAAGCAAUAUAAUAUCGAGGGCCUAGCUAAUGUGUACUUAGAGUGCAUUUCUGUAAUUCGUUCUGUUUUGUGUUUGCUGUUCACUACCUGUAUUACUAACCUAUGCCUACACCUAUACCUAUAUCUCUAUAUGUAUAACUGAAUGAGCUUAAACUAUGGUAAACCCUACGCCCCACACCCUAACCGACUCCAACUACUUAUGUUCUUUACACGAAAUGAAGGUAACCUCAUUGUUUGGAACAAAAUGCGUAACUAAAACAAAUCGUAGACGGAUAAUCAGUAACACAUAUACACUUAACAGCUGUAUGUGUAUAGGUAUACAUACAUACAUAUAUAGUAUAUAGAAAUUAACAAAUUAAACUGGCAUACCAGCAGUCGACAGGUGUUCAAAGCUAAAAGAAACUACAUAUAAUAGAAACGGAAGAAAUAUCAAAUUUGCUACAAAUCGUUCAAAUUGUCAGCAGAUAGUAAUAAAUUAUAUAAUAUAUAUAUAUAUACAUAAAUAUAAAUAUAAACGAGUAUGUUUUUAAUCAUAAUUGGUGUCUAGUCUAUGUUCAAGACUUUAAAAGCAACAAAUUCUUGAAAAUUUUCAACAAAACAAAAAUAAAAAAAAUUAGAAGAAACGAUUUAGAAAGAAUACAAAAUAAUAUAUAUCGAACGAUUAAAUUUCUAGAAAUUAAUUAAGAUGCUGAAAGUGCUGGCCAUUUUCUUCCAUAUACCAACUACACACACACCCACACCCACUCCCACACCCACACACACACAUGCGUACACACAAACACAUAAGACACGCCAUAUUUUGUAAACUAAUAUCAAGCAAAGCUCAAAGAAAGCCGUGGAAAGGGCAGAUGAAAAUUCUAGAAACGCGCAAAAGCAAACCAACUUUAAAUAAAAUAAUGAAAACCUAUUCGUACUUUAACUGUUGUGUUGUAAUUAUGCAUAAAGCGUAUUUAUAUUAUGUGUAUGUGUAAUAGAAAUACUAAAAACAAAAAACAAACAAAAAUAAGAAGAACCGACAAAAGGAAAAAACAAAUAUAUACAAAUGUAAAAAAACAACAGCAUAAAUUUACAAGAAAUUUCAAAGUGUAGACACUGUUAACAAAUUGAAAGAAAAAACCUUGUUUCAAUUAAGCGCCAAACAAGCUGCAAGGAAUAUAAAAUCUUCAAGCAAUUGUCUGCUUUAAUUUUUAAUUCUUUUUUUUUGCCAUUAACACAAUUAUUGUUUAACUCUGUUCUUUAUUCUUUGUACCAAUGCCAAAUCAUUGAGUUGAAUAACCAGCAGCUACAUAAUCGGAAAGGCAUAGCAAUGGCGAGUUUAUUUAUAAGAUCUAACGAUUGGAUAAAUUAAAAAAGAAAAACUUUAUGUUCAAAAGUCCUCGUGGUCGCAAAGCAUUAAAGAAAGAAAAACCAAACAAUUCAAAUAGAUGCAAAAAACAAAAGCGAAACAGGAAUGGAAAAAUCCAAAAGAAGCCAACAUGACGAAUGAAUACAAGUUUAAUAAAAGCGAUAAAACAAAAGCACAAGUUUCUUUUAUUAUUUAAACAGAACUACGAAAAGGUGGAAGGGCUUCAAGGAUUCGAUACACAUAUGUAUGAAUCGGUCCCUAAUUUCGAUUAUCGGAGCUGCCAUUUCUUCGAUGAAAAAGAGUUGUAGGGGGAAAACCUUUGAAUUUAUCAUUUUUAUUCACUUAAAAACGUAGCUCCAAAUACACUUAUAAUUUUACGGUGUUUAAUAUAUGUAUUAUCUUUAAAUGUACGUGUGUAUGUGUAUCCUUUAUAAUUAUGUUUAUAGAAACUCAUUUAUCGGAGCCACUCGCUGACACUCUCCACCGACAAUGCACGAAUGGUAAGAGGUGGUGCGAUUUGUUUCGCCAAUUACAAUAGAUUUGGAUUCGGUUGGUUCAAGUGCACCAGCCUAGUCCCAAAAUUUCAAUGUGAAUGGUAUUUAGUAUUACAAUCCAUGGCUAAAAGCGGUGAUGGUAUCGGUCAUGUUUUUGAACUGCUAUUGGAUUUUGUAUGUAGACUGAAUGUAUCUCUGAAUUCCAUGACGUUGUUUUUUUUUGCCGCGAAUGUAAUUUGUUUGCUUUAUCGGGG